AAGCACGGCCUGAGGAUCCUUUGGUUUCUCGUCGCGAUGGCGUUUCGAGUUUCGGUUUCCCGUCUAUCUAUUGAUUUCAUUCAUUUCAGGAGCCGCUGCUGCUGCUGCUGGCUGGCUGGCUGUUCAUGUCGUUCGCUCGCGUUACCUCCCACCGCGUUACGCCCAGCUGGGGGGGUUUUUCUCCCGUCCGGACUGCUCUAGUUCCUCCCAGUCUCCACGCCGCCGUGUCGUGUCGUGUGCUGUGUGCUGUCCUGCGCUAUGCUCAUGCUCAUGCAAUGCAUCGCUGCCCGAGACGAGACGCGUUUCGACGUGGGAGAACAACAAUACUGUAAUGAGAACAAUAGCAAGAAUAACAAUCAACAUCAACAUAUCAAGCAGCUACA